GGCGGCGGCGGCGCGAGGGAGAGCCGGCCCCGGACCCCAGGUGGUUUGAGCAAGAAAAUGGUGUCUCUGUCUCUCAAGUGGCCACUUGCAACCAUGUCUUGUCUACUUCCCUCGUUGUUGACUCUCUUAACUGUGUCAACUCCUUCAUGGUGUCAGAACAGAGAAGCUACAUCUCCAGAAGCUGGUAAUGGGACACCAUUUCCUUGGAAUAAAAUGCGACUUCCCAAGCAUGUCAUCCCAGUUCAUUAUGAUCUCAUGAUCCAUGCAAAUCUCACCACGCUGACUUUCUGGGGAACCACGGAAAUAGAAAUCACAGCCAGCCAGCCCACCAGUACCAUCAUCCUGCAUAGCCACCACCUGCAGAUAGCUAAGGCCACCCUCAGGAAAGGAGCUGGAGAGAGGCCGUCGGAAGAACUGCUGAGGGUCCUGGAAUAUCCCGCUCAUGAGCAAAUCGCACUCCUGGCUCCGGAGCCUCUCCUUGCUGGGCUCCCGUACACAGUUGUCAUCGACUAUGCUGGCAGUCUUUCUGACAAUUUCCAUGGGUUUUAUAAAAGUACCUAUAGAACUGAGGAAGGGGAAGUGAGGGUACUUGCGUCAACACAGUUUGAGCCCACUGCAGCGAGAAUGGCCUUCCCCUGCUUCGAUGAGCCUGCCCUUAAAGCAAGUUUCUCCAUCAAGAUUAGAAGGGAGCCCCGGCACCUCGCCAUCUCCAACAUGCCCUUGGUGAAAUCUGUGACUAUUGCUGAAGGACUCAUAGAAGACCAUUUUGAUGUCACCGUGAAGAUGAGCACCUAUUUGGUGGCCUUCAUUAUUUCAGAUUUUCAGUCUGUCAGCAAGAUGACCAAGAGUGGAGUCAAGGUUUCUGUAUAUGCUGCUCCAGACAAGAUAAAUCAAGCAGAUUACGCGCUGGGUGCUGCGGUAACUCUCCUAGAAUUUUAUGAGGAUUAUUUCAGGAUACCGUAUCCCCUACCCAAACAAGAUCUUGCUGCUAUUCCUGACUUUCAGUCUGGUGCAAUGGAAAACUGGGGACUGACAACAUAUAGAGAAUCUUCCCUGUUGUUUGAUGCAGAAAAGUCUUCUCCAUCAAGUAAGCUUGGCAUCACAAUGACUGUGUCCCAUGAACUCGCCCACCAGUGGUUUGGGAACCUGGUCACCAUGGAAUGGUGGAAUGAUCUUUGGCUAAAUGAGGGAUUUGCCAAGUUCAUGGAGUUUGUGUCUGUCAGAGUGACCCAUCCUGAACUGAAAGUUGAAGAUUAUUUUUUGGGCAAGUGUUUUAAUGCGAUGGAAUUAGAUGCUUUAAAUUCUUCACACCCUGUGUCCACACCUGUGGAAAACCCUGCUCAGAUUCGGGAGAUGUUUGAUGAUGUUUCUUAUGAAAAGGGAGCUUGCAUUCUGAAUAUGCUAAGGGAUUAUCUUAGUGCUGACGUAUUUAAAAGUGGUAUUGUACAGUAUCUCCAGAAGUAUAGCUAUAAAAACACAAAAAACGAGGACCUGUGGAAGAGCAUGGCAAGCAUUUGCCCUACAGAUGGCACACAAGAGAUGGAUGGCUUUUGCCCUGGAAGUCAACAUUCAUCUUCAUCCUCACACUGGCGUCAGGAAGGCCUGGAUGUGAAAACCAUGAUGAAUACCUGGACGCUGCAGAAAGGCUUUCCCCUGAUAACCAUCACAGUGAGAGGGAGGAACGUACACAUGAAGCAAGAGCACUAUAUGAAGGGAUCUGACGACGCCCCAGAAAAAGAAACUGGGUACCUGUGGCAUGUUCCAUUGACAUUCAUCACCAGCAAAUCAGACACGGUCCAUAGAUUUUUGUUGAAAACAAAAACAGAUGUGCUCAUCCUCCCAGAAGAGGUGGAAUGGAUCAAAUUUAACGUGGGAAUGAAUGGCUAUUACAUCGUGCAUUAUGAGGAUGAUGGAUGGGAUUCCUUGACCGGCCUUUUAAAAGGAACACACACAGCAAUCAGCAGUAAUGAUCGGGCGAGUCUCAUUAACAAUGCAUUUCAGCUUGUCAGCAUUGGAAAGCUAUCAAUUGAAAAAGCCUUGGAUUUAACCCUGUACUUGAAACAUGAAACUGAAAUUAUGCCCGUGUUCCAAGGUUUGAAUGAACUGAUACCUAUGUAUAAGUUAAUGGAGAAAAGAGAUAUGAAUGAAGUGGAAACUCAAUUCAAGGCCUUCCUCAUCAGGCUGCUGAGGGACCUCAUUGAGAAGCAGACGUGGACUGAUGAAGGCUCAGUCUCCGAGCGAAUGCUGCGCAGUCAGCUCCUCCUCCUGGCCUGUGUGCGCAAGUACCAGCCGUGCGUGCAGAGGGCAGAAGCCCAUUUCAGAGAGUGGACGGAAUCCAAUGGAAAUCUGAGCCUGCCUAAUGACGUGACCUUGGCAGUGUUUGCUGUGGGGGCCCAGAAGACCGAAGGCUGGGAUUUUCUUUAUAGUAAAUAUCAGUCUUCUUUGUCCAGUACCGAGAAAGAACAAAUUGAAUUUGCCCUCUGUACGAGCCAAAAUAAGGACAAGCUUCAGUGGCUACUAGAUCAAAGUUUUAAGGGAGAUAUAAUCAAAACCCAGGAGUUUCCACAUAUUCUUACACUCAUUGGCAGAAACCCAAUAGGAUAUCCAUUGGCCUGGCAGUUUCUGAGGGAAAAUUGGAAUGAACUUGUACAAAAGUUUGAACUUGGCUCACCUUCCAUAGCCCACAUGGUAAUGGGAACAACAAAUCAAUUCUCCACAAGAACACGGCUUGAAGAGGUAAAAGGAUUCUUCAGCUCUUUGAAAGAAAAUGGUUCUCAGCUCCGUUGUGUCCAACAAACAAUUGAAACCAUUGAAGAAAACAUACGGUGGAUGGAUAAGAAUUUUGAUAAAAUCAGAGCGUGGCUGCAAAAUGAAAAGCUGGAACUGCUGUGACAACUGUUCUUGGCCAGGUUCCUGUUAUCUGUAAUCACCAAAAUUUUGUUGAAUGUGAAUGUUUUCAAGCUAGAGAGGGCUGUUUUGGCUCCAGCUGAAGAUACUUCCCUUCCCUUCCACUCCUGAUUCGUUUGACUAUUCCUAAGAUUGGCUGUUAGUUUUUUCAUCAAUGGGCUAUUGCUACCACGUGUUUCAUUUACAGGUGGUGUCCUCAGAUCCAAAGUGCAGUGGUGGGUUCCUUACCAUGGACGAAGAACUUAUUCUCAGGUGCCAUAGUGUCCCAAACCCCAUGCCCCACCUGUUUGUCAUUCGUAAGCUGUUUCAUCAAUCUCCUUGAAAGACUUUGAAUAGUGAAGACUACUGAACAAUGAACGCCUGGCUCACAGAUGAAGCCGGACUGGGGCUGUGCCCAUGCUCUCCCACUGACCCCCUCCAGAUCCGCUGUCCACCCUUUUCUUCCUUGCUCCUUGCCCAGGGACUGACUGGGAGGUGCAAGUCAUCAGUCCUCCUUGCCCUUUGGAUUUUGGUCAAUGGGAACCCCAGGAGGUUGGAGCUGGGGUCGGGGGACGGAGUAGAUGGAGGUGUUUCUUCCCUGGCUCCCUUGCGGAAGGUCUUAGCUCCUGAGAGGUGGCUCUGUUUUCCACACAGCCUUCUCCAUCUCGGGGUUCUGGUCACUGCUUCCUCCUCUCAUCCCUUCAGGACUAGGGGCCUCAGUGGGAGCCUGGCUUUUACUUGUCCUGGUGGUCUUUGUGGUUUCCUUAUGCCUCGCCUGCACCUUUACUUUUGUAGCCCUUUUAUAGAACCCUCCUUAGAUAAUUCUAAUCUGAGUGUCAUCUCUUUCCCCAGAGAUCCUGACUGAUACAGCAGCUCUUCUGAAAAAGCAGAGUGCCUUCAGGUCUAUAGGAAAAACCUUUCAUUUGAAGUUGUACCAGAGAGCUGUCGAUCCUUAGGUAGGGAGGUGAUAUUUUCUCUCUCUUCCUUAUUUGGCCUAGUUUUUAAUUCCUAAAUAACUCAUUAUUGGCACUUAUUGCCAAUAAAUGAUGAUAUACUGUUGCAGUGGAAAAUAUUUGCUUAUAUUUGCCUAAGUGAGGACAAUGUAUUCUUUGGCUUUCAAGUCAUAUAUGAUUUUUUUGAAUAUAUGGCAAAAGUUUCAAGAUAAAGGAAUAUGAUAUAAAAAAAGUCAAAAUGUGUUGCUCUAAUACAGUAUGAAUAGAGUGACUUUUCUGGACUUAAAUGUAUUUCCAAUUCCAUUUUUAUACUUAUUGCAUAGUUAAUGGUUUAAGAAAUGAAAACAGAAAUCACUGGUAAUUUCCACCCCAGGCUAUUUUCCUUCUAAAAAAAAACCAUACACAACAGCCAGGAUUUUAAUGUAAAAUAUUUUGCUUUAAUUAUAUUUUAUAUCUUGAUUAAUGAAACAUGGAAAUGCUGACUUUCAGUUUUGGUCACCUGAGGAACCUAUCUUCACGUGCUUUUGGAAAAGCCCAUUUUCUAAACAGAUACAAUAUUGCUACAACAGUGUGCAGAAACCUUUUUGGUAAUAAAUUGUUUCUUCCCUCUAAA